GUCCCGGGACAGGACGAUGUCCCAGGACAGGACGAUGUCCCGGGACAGGACGAUGUCCCGGCAGGAGCCGCCACCAGCCCGCGCCGGUGCUGACUCAGCGCGUCCCGCAGCACCACGUGAAGCCGGGGGCAGCCCCCGCGUCCCCCUCCUUGUCCCCUCCUUCCCUCCAGCCCAUCCAAACCCCGAUGCUUGCCAAAAUUUUCCGGCUGCCUCCAAACUUCCUCAAUCCGGCCGCAUAAAAAGGCAGCGGCUCCCGCAGGCCCCGUCCCGGCGCUGCCACCGACGGCUCCGCGCUCGCAUCCAGCUGGUCCCCAGGACGUGGUGGCCCGUGCUGCUGGCCCUGCUGGUCCCCAGGAUGAGGUGGCCCGUGCUGCUGGCCCUGCUGGUCCCCACGGCGCUGGCCCAGCCGCACCCGCAGCGGGAGCUGGACGCGCAGUGGGACCUGUGGAAGAAAACCCACCACAAGCAGUACAACGGCCAGGCAGACGAGGUGACGCGGAGGCUGAUUUGGGAGAAGAACCUCAAAUACAUCAACACCCACAACCUGGAGCACUCCCUGGGCGUCCACACCUUCGAGCUGGCCAUGAACCACCUGGGUGACAUGACCAGCGAGGAGGUGGUGAGGACGAUGACCGGGCUGAAGGUGCCCCGUGGUCACCAACGCCACAACGAGACACUCUUUGUCCCCGACUGGAGCGAGAGAGCCCCGGCUGCCAUGGACUGGCGCAAGAAAGGCUACGUGACCCCUGUCAAGAACCAGGGCCAGUGUGGCUCGUGCUGGGCUUUCAGCUCGGUGGGCGCCCUGGAGGGGCAGCUGAAGAGGAAAACAGGCAAACUGCUGUCCCUCAGCCCCCAAAACCUGGUGGACUGCGUGGCCAACAACGACGGCUGCGGCGGCGGGUACAUGACCAACGCCUUCGAGUACGUCCGGCAGAACCGCGGCAUCGACUCCGAGGACUCCUACCCCUACAUCGGCCAGGACGAGAGCUGCAUGUACAGCCCCACGGGGAAGGCGGCCAAGUGCCGCGGCUACCGCGAGAUUCCCGAGGGCAACGAGAAGGCUUUGAAGAGGGCGGUGGCCAGGAUUGGGCCCAUCUCCGUGGGCAUCGAUGCCAGCCUGCCCUCCUUCCAGUUCUACAGCAGGGGCGUGUACUACGACGAGAGCUGCAACGCUGAGAACAUCAACCACGCCGUGCUGGCCGUGGGCUACGGGGCACAGAAGGGCACCAAGCACUGGAUCAUCAAGAACAGCUGGGGCGAGGAAUGGGGCAACAAGGGCUACGUCCUCCUGGCCCGCAACAUGAACAACGCCUGUGGUGUGGCCAACCUGGCCAGCUUCCCCAAGAUGUGACCCAGCCCUUCCCUUCCCACUGCCCUGCCCUCCAGCUUGGCCUCUUCCCUCCCAGCCUCAAAGGUGACGGUGCUCCCGGGGGGAAUUCUUUGUCUCCGUGAGAAAUUUCCCUUGGGAAGGGGGAGACACCCCCUCUUCACCACAGGGAAUGGGGGAUGAGUCCCCUCAACUCUUUUUUUUUCCACACUUUGCCAUGCUGGCUUCUGCCUUGCCAUGGACUGUGCUUGGCCUGAUGUGUGGAGGCCAAUCCAGCCAGACAUGCUUCAGGAACAGGUUCCACUCCAGCCUCUGCCUCAGGGGUGGAGGUGGAAUAUUCCCAGUGGAGAGCACAGAUCCCUCUCCCUCCACCCUGUAUCCCGGUGGAGGCUGCUGAGAAUGAUAUGACUUUAUUUUUCAACUAAAAUUGGGAAUAAGG